CCACACUGUUGUACUCUGCUACUCCUACUACUUAUCCCGGGUUCAGAAACUCCAACGACCCAGCCGAGUCAGUCACAUAUCGCCGGACCAACCCACUCGCUCACUCACCAAAUUGGCAGAGCGAUUCCCAAACUCUGACUCACUUCUUUGCGAAAAAGCAUUCAGUUAUUCUUCUACGCUACUCAGUGAAAAAAUGAGUACAGUCGUGCAGGGUUUCACCAAGUCGCUUGCCAUGACUGUGCUCUCGGAGAUCGGCGACAAGACCUUCUUCGCCGCUGCGAUCCUUGCGAUGCGCCAUCCUAGAAGACUUGUUUUGGCAGGUUGCCUAGGAGCUCUGAUUGUGAUGACUAUUCUUUCUGUUCUCGUCGGCUUGGCUGCUCCAAAUCUGCUCUCAAGGAAAUGGUCCCAUCACAUAACGACGGUGUUGUUCUUUGGUUUUGGACUAUGGUCCUUAUGGGAUGCUUUUAAAGAAGAUGGGGGUGAUGAUGAGCUUGCAGAAGUUGAAGCAGAGUUGGAUGCUGAUCUAAAGGCUAACACAGGAGGCAGCAAACGUAGUAAGGAUGAUGAUGACAAGAAGCAGAGACGUUCAUUUCUCUUGCAGUUCUUCUCACCAAUCUUUUUGAAGGCCUUUUCCAUUACUUUUUUCGGUGAAUGGGGUGACAAGAGCCAGCUAGCUACCAUCGGUCUGGCUGCAGAUGAGAACCCAUUAGGUGUGGUUCUUGGUGGAAUCUUAGGACAAGCAUUGUGUACGACUGCCGCUGUCCUUGGUGGAAAGAGCUUGGCAUCUCAGAUAUCUGAGAAAAUAGUUGGUUUAUCAGGUGGAGUUCUUUUCAUUGUUUUCGGAAUCCAAUCCUUCCUUUCGACGGUGGAGGCUUGAUACCUAUAGUCUGAUCAAUGAUUAGGAUUGAUGGAUGAUUUGUUGACUAAAGAACUUACAUCUCCACCUACACCGUGCGAGUAAUUUACAAGCAUUUCAGCUUCAUUGUUUAUCAAAACGACAAGCGUAUCAGAAAAAGAACUGAUUCAAAGAGUUGGAUUGUCUACAAGAACAAUACCAAUAUUGCGCUCUGGCAACUUUGGAAUCACUGAUUAGAACAGUUCUGCUCUACUCUGUACUCUGUCGUUGCAUUCCUUUCGUAUAAAAUCAAAGUUUACGUUGAUCUCGAUAUAUCUCUACUCGGAUUAUGUUGUAACCUUACCGUAACAAAGGUCAUUUAUCUUAUCAAUUGGAAUUAUGGGAUUACUUUAUUUGU